AUGACGACGACGCCGGACGCACUCGCGCCCACCAUGGCGGUGACAGCCGCACCAGCAGCCCACGUCUCGCAAGGCGCCAUCUCGAGCCGCAACGACCGAGCGCUCCUCGCGAUGCUCUCUUGGGACGACGUUGCAGCGUUCCCGACCGGUCUCUUGUCUCUACCAUUCCUGCUCAAGAUCCCGAGCGUCUACCUGCGUCGCGCGCUCGAGGCGCUGCCCGCGUUUUCCUCGAUCCAACUAAACCUCUUGGAUGUCGCAAAGACGGUCGCGCAGGGCCGCGUGACGCGAGCUCCGACACGCUUGGACAUUGCCAACAAGUGGGCCACCAAGAUUUCGUCCAUCAAAUGCUCGGUCAGCGACAAGCCGUUCGAUGCGACCACCGACGGUGUCGACCCGAACCGGCUCGUGGUCUGCGCCGCCCUGAGACGCUGCGUCAACGUGCGCACGCUGGUCAUGACGCUGCCUUCCUUCAGCGACCCGCACAACCGACGCAGCAACCACUUCAUCACCUGGCUUGCGACGGUCUACGCCGCCUCCAGUGCCCGGUGA